AUGCAGCCUCGAAAUCUGCUCACAUUCUUCUCCGCCGUGGCCCUCGCCUCGGCCUCUCCCCUACGACGACGAUGCGACGGCCACAACGAAACCAUCACGCCCCCCACGACUCCUGCUCCGCCGCCUGCAGCCGUCCCAACUCUGCCUAGCACAGGCUCCGGUACCCAACUUGAAAGCCCCGGCGCCGCCACGCUGAAGCACAUCCUCGUGGGCCACGGCAUCCAGAACUACACGUGCGCCGCGGAUGGCACGACGGCGGCCUCCUUCGGCGCGCUCGCCGUCGUCUGGGACAUCACGGCGCUGUAUCCGGGGACGGGGGCGGCGGACGCGCUCUCGCCGGAGGAGUGGGACGGGCUGACGUCGAAGGUGCUGCGGACGACGCCGCUGCCGCUGAACCUGGCGGCGGGGGCGGGCAACGGGGGCGCGGACGCGGCGGCGCCGUUCCCGGCACCGGCGAACCUAACAGUCGAAGGGGUAGCAGCGCCGCUGCCCUUCCUCGGCCACCACUUCUUCGACGCGGCCAACACGCCGACCUUCGCGCUGGCGGGCGGCGCCGAGCUGUUUAAGGGCAAGAGGGACGCGGGGAUCCCGGCGCCGGCGGACGCGGACGCGGGCGCGGACCCGGCGACCGGCGCCGUCGACUGGCUCCGCCUCAGCGACAAGGCCGGCGCCAGCGUCGGCGUCAGCCUCGUCUACCGCGUGCUCACCGCCGGCGGCAACCCCGAGCCGUGCGCGGCCGCCGGCCAGCCCCAGAGCGUGCCCUACACCGCCCAGUACUGGAUCUACGGGAACUAG